AUGACUGGUAAAAUCCAGACGAGCAACGUGACCAACAAGAAUGACCCGCGCUCCCUCAACGCCAGAGUCUUUAUUGGCAACCUCAACACAGCCAUUGUCAAGAAGACCGACAUAGAGGUCAUCUUCGCCAAGUACGGCAAGAUAGUGGGUUGCUCCGUACACAAGGGUUACGCCUUCGUGCAGUACGUGAACGAGAGGAACGCUCGGGCAGCUGUGGCGGGAGAAAACACCCGCGUCAUCGCUGGGCAGCCUCUUGAUAUAAACAUGGCAGGCGAACCCAAGCCCUACAGGCCCAAGCCCGGAAACAAGCGGCCGCUCUCAGCCGUGUACAGGCUCGCUGCUGAACCUGCCGUGAGCUUCAGUGGCUAUGAGUUUGACUACGAGUACUACAGGGAUGAUUUCUACAACAGGCUUUUCGACUACCAUGGCAGAGUGGCCCCCCCACCCAGAGCCGUGAUCCCCCUCAAACGCUCCAGGGUGCUGGCUGCUUCCUCCCGCCGCGGGAAGACCUCCUUCCCCAUCAAAACAUCCUCCACCUCCUCCUCUUCAUCCUCCAGACCUCCCACAUCCUCCUCCUCCUCCGGCCUCAAACUGAAGACGGACCAGCUCCAGACCAUCAAGCGGGAGCUGACUCAGAUCAAGAUGAAGAUCGACUCUUUACUCGGACGUCUGGAGAAGAUUGAGAAGCAGCAGAGAGCCGAGUGUGAGUCUCAGAGAAAGUACGAGGACAACUGCGACUCCCUGCACGAGGAGUCGGUGUCGGAGACGGCGGAGAACUCCGGGGAGGAGGCCGGGGACGGCGAGCUGGACGUGGAGGCGGGAGAGAUGACCGAUGGAGGUGAGGACGACUACGACGAGGAGGGCAGCCACCAUCUGAUAGAAAACCACGUAUCGGAUAUUGACAACUGA